AUGGCGCCAACGAAAAUCCUAACGUGCGGCGAUGUAAAUGGAAACUUUUACGCACUGCAAAAGAAAUUGAACACGAUUAUCAAAAAGAGCGGCCCUUUCGACAUGCUCCUUUGUGUCGGCGAGUUUUUCGGCGAAGACGAUUCGAUUAACGCGAAAAUGAUUGAUGGACACAUCAAUUUACCCAUUCACACGUAUAUUCUUGGCCCCUGCUGUCCAUCGACUUCCUCUUACUACCCAGAAGAUAGCGCGGAAAUCUCGUCAAAUAUUACGUUCCUUGGCAAAAGAGGGAUUCUAAACACACCGGCUGGACUAACAAUCGCAUAUGUUAGUGGUAUUGAAGGACAAACGUCGAACAUGGUGCAAUUUAACAUCGAGGAUGUGAUCGCAAUGCUGAAACCGGUUGAAGUGAUGGGCGAAUUCACUGGUGUGGACAUAUUACUAACAAGCGUUUGGCCAGCAGAGGUUGCAAAACAUUCAACAAAUCAGCCUCCAGAAGAAGUCGAAGGAUCAAAGUUGGUUUCUCGACUAGCCGCAGGACUCAGACCUCGCUACCAUUUUGCUGGUGGAGCUAUUCACUACGAAAGAAGCCCAUACAGAAACCAUCGUGUAAUUGUCGAGAAACAGCGUCAUUGCACUCGCUUCAUCGGACUUGCUCCAGUCGACAAUCCAGCGAAAGAAAAAUGGAUUUACGCUUUUUCUCUCCAGCCACUCAAAAUCCUGACAAGAGAGGAGUUAAUCGUACAACCACCUAACUCGACCGAGUUUCCAUAUAUGGACAUCCUGGAAGCUCAAGUUCAAAAGGAACGUGACGAAAUGAUGGGUAAACUAGAAAAAGAUGGUAGUGCAAGAAAUAAUUUCUUCGAUAUGGAGACGGAUAUGAAUAAGGACAACGAUAUUGGAUCAAGAAAACGACAGAAAGAAGAUUGGCAAAGCGACGCUCCUGCUGCUAAGCGAGAGCAACAACCAUGCUGGUUCUGUUUAUCGAAUGUUGACGCUGAGAAGCAUUUAGUGGUCUCGGUUGGAGCCAAUUGUUAUGCUGCGAUGCCGAAAGGGCCAUUAACAGACGAUCACGUUCUCAUCUUGAGCAUAGGUCACAUACAAUCCCUCGUUGCCGCGCCUCCAGAUGUUCGCGAAGAAAUGAACAAGUACAAAAAUGCAUUUACACUUGCCGCUGAUAAGGCUGGAAAAGCUCUUGUUAUUUUUGAGCGAAACUACAAGUCUCAACAUCUUCAAUUGCAAAUGAUACCCGUUCCAAAGAAAAAUGCAAAACAUCUGAAGACUGCUUUUUUGAAUCAAGCAAACAUGAAAGGCAUCGAAAUGACGUUUAUUCCGGAGGAAGAAAAGUUAUGGGAUCUUGUUAAUGAGGGAUGCCCAUAUUUCUUCGUGGAACUUCCGGAUGGCUCAAAAUUAUUCACAAGAAGUAUGAAGAAUUUUCCGUUGCAAUUUGGACGUGAGGUGCUGGCAACUUCAACAAUUUUGGACUGUGAAGAAAAGGUUGAUUGGCGAGCUUGCGAAUUAGGGAAAGAAAGGGAAACCGAAUUGUCAAAAGAAUUGCAGGCACGAUUUAAGCCGUUUGACUUUACCGAUGAAGAUGAUAGUGAC